GUCUGUCAUCCAGACAGCCCUGCUCCUCCGUCCCGGUCCCGUCCGGUCCCGUCCCGUCCUGCUCCUCCGUCCCGGUCCCGUCCCGUCCUGCUCCGCCGUCCCGGGACGGAAGAAAGAGAGAGAGCUGGACAUUACCGCCUCACUUCCCUCCGCAUGAGGGACAUACAAGUCCUCACACCGACCGCACAGUUCACUGUCUGAAGGAUUCGAGUCUUGUGUAGCUGACGUGCUGACUGGAGGUAAGCCAUGGAGGAUGGGAAGCCAGUGUGGGCGCCCCACCCCGCCGACGGGUUCCAGCUGGGCAUGAUCGUUGACAUAGGAGCCGACACGCUCACCAUAGAACCGCUGAACCAGAAGGGCAAGAUUCACCAAUUAGUUCACAUGCAGUUGGUUGUUGCCCGCCUUGAAUCCCAGGAGCGCCAUCACCACAUACACGGGUGCAUUUCUUCACGAGUGCAUGUCCAAACCUUUCUCGCUCCUAUGAGCCAAGUCUUCCCAGCAGAGGACGAUGUCAACAAACUCGUAGAUGACAACUGUUCCCUUAUGUACUUGAAUGAAGCCACACUUCUCAACAAUGUUAGAGUGCGCUACAAUAAAGAUCACAUUUAUACCUAUGUGGCUAAUAUCCUGAUAGCUGUGAAUCCUUACUAUGACAUCCCCAAACUGUACGGCCCAGACACCAUCAAGUCGUACCAGGGGAAGUCACUGGGCACGCUGCCACCUCACGUCUAUGCUAUAGCCGACAAAGCCUACAGGGACAUGAAGGUUCUCAAGAUGAGCCAGUCCAUCAUAGUUUCUGGUGAAUCUGGUGCUGGAAAGACUGAAAACACCAAGUUUGUUCUCAGAUAUCUCACUACAACAUAUGGAAGCGGUCAGGAUAUUGACGAGAGAAUCGUUGAAGCAAAUCCUCUUCUUGAGGCCUUUGGCAACGCAAAAACCGUACGGAAUAAUAACAGCAGCCGUUUUGGGAAGUUUGUGGAAAUCCACUUCAAUGACAAGAAUGCAGUUGUGGGUGGAUUUGUGUCCCAUUACUUGCUGGAGAAGUCAAGGAUUUGCAUGCAAAGCAACGAUGAGAGGAACUACCACAUCUUCUACAGGCUGUGUGCCGGCGCAUCCGAGGACAUCAAGAAGAAACUGCACCUGGACUCUCCAGACAGCUUCAGGUACCUGAACCGAGGAUGCACCCGAUACUUUGCCAGUAAGGACUCCGAUAAACAAAUCAUGCAGAAUCGCAAGAGUCCUGAGCAUCUAAAGGUGGGUGCUCUGAAGGACCCUCUUCUCGACGACCAGGGCGACUUUAACAGGAUGUGUGUGGCCAUGAAGAAAAUUGGUCUGGAUGACACUGAGAAGCUGGACCUGUUCAGGGUGGUCGCUGGUGUUCUGCAUCUGGGCAACAUUGACUUCGAAGAGACAGGGAGCUCCUCGGGUGGCUGCGUCCUAAAAAAUCAGUCGGGACAGACUCUGGAGCACUGCGCUGAUGUGCUCGGCCUGGACCAGGACGAUCUGCGUGUCAGCCUCACAACGAGAGUCAUGCUCACGACAGCAGGGGGCGCCAAAGGAACAGUCAUCAAGGUGCCUCUAAAGGUGGAACAAGCGAACAACGCCCGCGAUGCCCUGGCCAAGGCGGUGUACAGCCGGCUCUUCGAUCACGUGGUCAAACGAGUCAACCAGUGUUUCCCCUUCAAGACUUCCUCCAACUUCAUCGGGGUGCUGGACAUCGCCGGGUUCGAGUAUUUCGAGCAUAACAGCUUUGAGCAGUUCUGUAUCAACUACUGCAACGAGAAACUGCAGCAGUUCUUCAACGAGCGUAUUCUCAAAGAGGAGCAAGAGCUGUAUCAAAGGGAAGGUCUGGGGGUGAACGAAGUCCAUUAUGUUGACAAUCAGGACUGCAUAGACCUAGUGGAAGCGAAGCUGGUGGGAAUCCUGGAUAUUCUGGAUGAAGAGAACCGACUUCCUCAGCCCAGCGACCAACACUUUGCACUGGCUGUUCACAGCAAACAUAAAGACCACUUCAGGCUGACGGUUCCCAGAAAGUCGAAGCUGACAAUUCACAGGAACCUGCGGGAUGACGAGGGCUUCAUCGUCCGGCACUUUGCUGGAGCAGUCUGCUAUGAAACGACUCGGUUUGUGGAGAAGAAUAACGAUGCCCUCCACAUGUCCCUGGAGAGCUUAGUGUGUGAAUCGAAAGACAGAUUUGUUCGGGAGCUGUUUGAGAACUCCAACACCACCAAGGACUCAAAACACAAGGCGGGCAAACUCGGCUUCAUCAGCGUCGGCAACAAGUUCAAGACUCAACUGAACCUGCUGCUCGAGAAGCUUCGCGGCACGGGCUCGAGUUUCAUCCGCUGUGUAAAACCCAACCUGAAGAUGGUCGGCCACCAGUUUGAAGGAGCUCUGAUUCUCUCGCAGCUGCAGUGCUCAGGAAUGGUGUCAGUGUUGGACUUGAUGCAGGGGGGUUUCCCUUCCAGAGCCCCCUUCCACGAACUCUACAACAUGUAUAAACAGUACAUGCCAGAUAAACUUACACGACUGAAUCCACGACUCUUCUGCAAGGCGUUGUUCAAAGCUCUGGGACUGAAUGACAAUGACUUCAAGUUUGGACUGACCAGAGUGUUCUUCCGCCCUGGAAAGUUUGCGGAGUUCGACCAGAUCAUGAAGUCCGAUCCAGACCAUCUCGCAGAGCUGCUGCAGAAAGUCAACAAGUGGCUGAUGUGUAGCUGCUGGAAGAAAAUCCAGUGGUGCUGCCUGUCCGUCAUCAAACUGAGGAACAAGAUGAGUUACAGAGCAUUGGCUUGCAUUAAGAUUCAGAAGACUGUCCGCAUGUGGUUGUGUAAGAAGAAGCAUAAGCCACGCAUUGAUGGUAUGGUAAAGGUUCGAAAUCUUAAGAAACACAUGGAGCGGUUCAACGAGGUGGUAAACGUGCUGAAGGAGGGCAAACAGGAGAUGGCCAAACAGGUCCAGGAGUUGGCCACCUCCAUCGACGCUCUGUUAGCCAAGAUAAAGACCACAAUGAUGACUCGGAAAGAGAUUGACACGGAGUACCAGGGGCUGGUGAAACGCUCGGAGCAGCUGCUCUCCUCCAUGCAAAAGAAGAAGCAAGAGGAGGAGGAGGGUGAGAGGCUGAAGCACAUCGAGGAGGAGAUGGAGAAAGAGAGGAAGAGUAGGGAGAAGGAAGAGCAACGACGCAAACAGGAGGAAGAGGACAGGAGACUGAAAGCAGAUAUGGAGCUGAAGAGGAAGCAGGAGGAAGUGGAUAGAAAAAAGAGAGAGGAAGAAGAGAAAGUUAUACAGGCAGAGUUGGAAGUCCAGCUGGCCCUGGAGCGCGAGGAGCAGGUCCAACGCACUGCCAUAGUGGAGCAGGAGAGAAGAGACAGGGAGUUGGCCAUGAGAAUCGCCCAGAGUGAUGCGGAGCUGAUCACCGAGGAGGGCCAGAUGGACGCAGGCCUGCGCAGCGAUGAGUCUUUUUCAGAUCUUCCCAUCUCCUCAUCCUCAGCCAGAGCCAUGGGUCCCCAGGUGCAGGCGACAAAGGCUGCCGCUGGCGUGAAAAAGUAUGAUCUCAGCAAGUGGAAGUAUGCUGAGCUGCGAGAUGUCAUCAACACCUCCUGUGACAUCGAGCUGCUGGCGGCCUGCAGAGAGGAGUUCCACCGCCGUCUGAAGGUGUAUCACGCCUGGAAGUCCAAGAACAAGAAACGCGACGAUGACGGAAGGGAUCAGAGGGCUCCUAAAUCCGUCACCGACUAUGCUGAGCAGAACCCUGCUCCCCCGAUGACGGCCCAGCAUCAGGAAGUGGCCAUGAACCGGCAGCAGCGCUACUUCAGGAUUCCUUUCAUCCGGCCCGCUGACCAGUACAAGGACCCGCAGAAUAAAAAGAAGGGCUGGUGGUACGCCCACUUUGAUGGGCCCUGGAUAGCCAGACAGAUGGAGCUUCACCCAGACAAACGGCCCAUUGUGUUGGUCGCAGGCAAAGACGACAUGGAGAUGUGCGAGCUGAGUCUGGAGGAGACGGGCCUGACCAGGAAGAGAGGGGCGGAGAUCCUGCCAAGGCAGUUUGAAGAAAUCUGGGAACGCUGUGAUGGAAUUCAGUACCUCAAGAAAGCCAUUGAGAACAAGCAUGCCCGGCCAACAUAUGCUACCGCCAUGCUCCAGAGUCUCCUCAAGUGAACCACAGCGCACAAGAUAAGCACACAGCCACCAGUUUGGUCCUGAAGCAUGUCACUGAUUUACACACACACACACACACACACACAUACACACACACACACACACACACACACACACACACACACACACACAAACAUGCACAUCAAGAGGGCAGCACAGUGCACUGGUGGUUCGUGGGAUGAAAAGGAGUUAGACAGAAAGAUGCUGAAUCAUCUCCUUUUUAAAAGCCUGGAUGUUGUUUAUUUGUAUUUUUUUUAUAUCUUUACUUUGCAGUGGAACACUACUUAUCGUUGUGUAGCGUAAGCGUUUCCUCUUCUUCUCAGUCUACGCUUGAAACUAAUAUCCAACUGUGAGGCCUUAAAAUGUGAUGCACAACACCAAGGAAGUCUUGACUGGUGUUGUGCCUGUCUACUUUAGCUAUAAACCGGAAACCUUAAUGGACUGCAAUGGGGACAAACAAAUAGACAUUUGAAAAACUGUGUAAAGACUAAAUAUGAAUUAUCAUUGUCUAUAAAUACAUCUGUUUCACUAGAAACAAUUAACACAUUUUCCACACUCUGGUAUUUUCUUUCUCGGUUUUGCAUAGUCUACUGAAACAUGACACUCGUGGAUGAAAAGUCAUACUAUUAAGAGACAGAUUGUUUUUAUGAAAGAUACGUAUAUAAUCUUAUACUGUAUUUUAUGAGUGAAAUAUAAAAGAUUAUAAUAUUAUAUUUUAUCCUCUAUCUAUAACAAAUUUGACCUCAUCCGAUGGAAGAAAAAUAAUGUGGUGGCUAAUUCUUAAAUCUUUUUUUUUCCGAUGUAUUUUGUUUUCCUUCCAGAAAGACUUUUUAAGAGAAAAAAUAAUUGUAGUGUUGUCACUUUUUUUGUAUUGUUGUUUAUUUGAUAUGCAAGAAGGGAAGUGUAGACGUUUGUUUGCAGUUCACUUGGACUCGGGGUUGUUUUACAGACAAUACUGUAAUUUGUGUGUGUGUGCAUGUGUGUUGUGUGUUCAUGUAAUGUUUUAAUAAGAUGAUUACUUGAUUCCUCUGUUGGUUGGGUCACGAACCUUCCAAACAUUUCAUUGGACAAUCGAACACCACCUUCGUUUUGACUCACACUCUUAUUCUGAAGAGACACAGUCGACCCUUCUGCAACUGACGAUUCACUUUCAUAUGUUCCCUCUUUGUACUUCAGCCUUUGCAAUAGAUUACUGUAGAAAAUAAAUGAACUGUAUGCUC